ACAUCCUGACAUUCCUGUUAACAGGGGCCCUAAACCAUGUAUACAGAGUUGGCAGUGGCGUUGGGGCUUGGAGCGGUGGUAGCUCUGGUAGCUCUGGUAUUCCUGAAGAAAUCAAAGAUUGUCCUGGAAGCACAUGAUGGGUGGUGGGGUGUGGGAGCUUGUCCCCAAGAACCUGAGGAUGAUAUCCGCCCUUUCAAAGUUGAGACAACUUCUGAAGAGAUUGAGGAUCUACACAUCAGGCUAGAUCAGACACGCUCCUUUCCUUCUCUUGAAGACAGUCAGUUUAACUAUGGCUUCAACUCCAAAUACCUUGAGAAGAUUGUGUCUUAUUGGAGGAAUGAUUUCAGCUGGAGGAAACAAGUGGAUAAACUAAACAAAUACCCUCAUUUCAAAACCAAAAUCGAAGGUAUGGAUAUUCACUAUGUUCACGUGAAACCAAAGAGCCUGGCUGAGGGAACCUGUGCUGUGCCUCUGAUGAUGGUACAUGGAUGGCCAGGCUCCUUCUACGAGUUUUAUGGCAUCAUCCCCCUGCUUACAGAGCCAUCCAGCCCUGUUGACAUUACCUUCGAAAUCAUUUGUCCCUCAAUACCUGGUUAUGGUUUCUCAGAGGCCCCACAUAAAAAAGGUUUUGAUGGUCUAUGUGCAGCACACAUAUUCAAUAAACUGAUGAAGAGGCUUGGUUUCGAGCGGUACUAUGUUCAGGGAGGAGACUGGGGCUCGCUUAUUACCACUAAUAUGGCCCAGCUGGAGCCCAAUGCUGUGAAAGGCCUCCACAUUAACUUCGCUCCUCCAGGAAAAGGAGCCCUUCUCAUGAUGUUGUCCUUACUUUUUGGUCGCCGAUUUCCCAAACUAUUUGGCUUCACCGAGUAUGGUGUGAAACAACUUUUCCCCAUUAUGGAAAAGCUUGUAGUAGACCCAAUAAGGGAGACUGGAUACAUGCACAUACAGGCCACUAAACCUGACACUGCAGGCCGUGCAUUGAACGACUCUCCCGUUGGUUUGGCUGCCUACAUUUUGGAGAAAUUUUCAACCUGGACUGAUCCUGAAUACAAGUACCUUGAGGAUGGUGGACUGGAGAGGAAGUUUUCUCUUGAUGAUCUUCUGACGAAUGUGAUGAUCUAUUGGACCUCUAGGUCCAUUAUAUCCUCCAUGCAUUUCUGCAAGGAGAAUUUCAGCAAAGGCAUGAAUCAGCUCCAUGCAAAGCUUCCAGUUUACGUUCCAACAGGUGUGGCCUGUUUCCCCAAUGAGCUGAAGCACUCCCCUAAAUCAUGGGUGGAACAGAAAUAUUAUAAGCUCAAGACUUACACACAGAUGGCUCGCGGGGGGCAUUUUGCUGCUAUAGAGGAGCCGCAGUUACUGGCAGAGGAUGUUCAGAACUUUGUCAAGAUUGUGGAAAAGAGCAAGAAGAAAUAAAAAGUUCUCUGUCCUUUUAUUCAUAUUCAUCGGCUAAGGCAACUCUCUGUUUCGAGCGAUAGAUAAAUACAUCUAAACAGA